AUGCGAGGUCUAGUGGCGACCAGUACCAUACCGGCCGGAGAGAUACUGGGCCAGUAUCUAGGCCACCUACUAUUUCUUGGACCUCCUUGUAUAAACGGAUCCGCCAAUAAGGGCUUCCGCAUGCAUAUCAAGACUAGGGCUAAAGGCAAUCAGUAUUUGGGCAUCGACGCCCUUCGAAUGGGCUUUGUAUCACUACGCCACAUCAACCGCGGUGAAGAGGUCACGGUAUCGUACGGCAACCGACUAUGGUUCAUCUGCCGGAGUGGGUGGUCGGGCUGUCAGCACCGCGACAUCCAGCACUUGUUGGACUUCUGUCCGGAACGUGCGUGCUGA